GCAUCAGUGUCCUCGUAAACCAGAGCAACGGGAUGGUCCCAGGCAAUUCAUUCAGUCGGCUAAAAAUCAUGGCGUCCGUCAGUACGGGGAGCAGGGUGUCCUGCGGGAGAGAUUUGAAUUGCGUGCCGGAGGUAGCCGACACGUUAGCUGCGGUCGCCAAACUUGGGUUUGACUUCCUGUGCAUGCCCCUGUUCCACUCGAGGUUCAAGAGAGAGUUUGAGUUGGAGCCCGCUAAAUCAAGACCCGGUGCUCAGACCCGAUCAGACCUGCUGCUGUGUGGAAGAGAUUGGAAUACUCUUGUUGUUGGGAAACUCUCUCCAUGGAUCGACGCAGAUUCAGAAAUCGAGACAGAACGCAGAAACUCGGAGGCCGCUCUGGCACAGGAGCUAAACUUCUCAGCCUACCUGGGCCUACCUGUCUUCAUGGUCCCUCUAAAGGGCCCUCAUAAUGCCAAUCUAGCCCGCCUGCUGCUAAACCACAUCCACACUGGACACCACACGUCAAAUUUCUGGAUACGUGUCCCGCUGAUGGCUUCAGAGGACAUGCGGGAAGAUCUGAUUGAGAAUGAACCGAGCACUUGCAUCGAUGACACAAGUGUUGAUGAGAAGACCUGGAGCUGGUGGCACUCAUUUAGAACCCUUUGUGAUUACAACAAGAGGAUCUGUCUUGCUAUUGAAGUUGGAGCAGACAUGCCAUCAGACGCUGUGAUUGAUAAGUGGCUCGGGGAACCUAUCAAAGCAGCCAUACUUCCCACCAGCAUCUUCCUAACUAAUAAGAAGGGCUUCCCUGUUUUGUCAAAAGCCCAUCAGCGUAUAAUCUUCUCUCUUUUCAAGCUGGAGGCCCAGUUCAUCUUCACAGGAACCAGUCGCCACACUGAGAAGGACUUCCGAUCCUACCUGCAGUACCUGGAAUACCUCAACCAGAACCGGCCUGCACCCAAUGCCUACGAGCUCUUCGCCAAGGGUUAUGAAGAUUACCUGCAGUCUCCCCUCCAGCCACUCAUGGACAACCUGGAGUCCCAGACAUAUGAAGUAUUUGAGAAGGAUCCUAUUAAAUAUUCCCAGUAUCAACAGGCUGUAUAUAAAUGUCUACUUGACAGAGUUCCAGAGGAGCAGAAAGACACAAAUGUUCAGGUGUUGAUGGUGUUGGGAGCAGGCAGGGGUCCCCUGGUCAAUGCGUCCCUGCGCGCUGCCAGACAGGCAGACAGGAAGCUCAAGGUUUACGCUGUGGAGAAAAAUCCCAAUGCUGUAAUCACGCUGGAGAAUUGGCGCUUUGAGGAGUGGGGUGAUCAGGUGACAGUGGUGUCAUGUGACAUGCGGGACUGGGCAGCGCCUGAGAAAGCCGACAUCAUUGUCAGCGAGCUGCUUGGAUCAUUUGGUGACAAUGAACUUUCACCUGAGUGCUUAGAUGGAGCGCAGCACUUUCUCAAAGAUGAUGGAGUGAGCAUCCCCUGUUCCUACACGUCCUUCCUGGCUCCCCUGUCCUCCUCCAAGCUUUACAACGAAGUACGGGGGUGCCGGGAACGUGACAAGGACCCAGAGUGCCAUUUUGAGACGCCCUACGUAGUGCGCCUCCAUAACUUCCACCAGUUGGCUGACCCCAAACCGUGCUUCACUUUCACACACCCAACAACAGAUAUGAACAAUAAUCGGUAUCAGUGCCUCAGAUUCUCAGUGGGUUGUAACUCGGUGCUCCAUGGUUUUGCUGGCUACUUUGAGACCACGCUGUACAAAGAUGUCACACUCAGUAUAAAACCAGAUACACAUUCACCUGGAAUGUUCUCCUGGUUCCCCAUCCUCUUCCCCCUCAAACAACCCAUCUCCAUAUCCCGGGAUGAUGAUGUCACAGUGCGAUUCUGGCGCUGCAACAACGGGAAGAAGGUGUGGUAUGAAUGGGCCGUGACCGAGCCCUCCUGCUCUGCCAUCCACAAUCCAGCAGGACGCUCCUACACCAUCGGCCUGUGAAGACGACACAUCAGCAUACCCGUCAACAGGCAUACACACACAUGUUUCUGUAAGACUUGGUGGCAGUUAAAGUGGAGGUGGCCUGGCUCUUUUUAUAUACACAGUUAAAACCUGGACUUGUGGUGCAAAAACCCUUAAGGUGCGGUCUGGGUUUUAAAAUGACCAGUGGUAGGCACUUUUGAGAAGUCUGUUUCAGCAGGCAUGGACUAUCACCUGUACACAAACUGUAUUGUUGCUGUGAGAUUGGCUUAUUCAGAUAAGGUCAAACACCUGGCCACUGGUUUAUUUUUUUAAGGUAUUUUUUCCCCUACUGUUCUAAACAGGCAUUGCAGACAUACACACUCAGUCCAACAGGACCUUUUGCCUUAUCAAACACACAUUCCAUACCGCUACUUACAUACUGAUGAAAUACCCUUCUCCUCAACACAAGAGGGUGAGAUUGAAGUUUACGCUGUUCAGGUCACAUACCAUAUUGUUUGGGAGCUGUCUCUUCAUACCUUUUUGUUAUUUUGUUUCUGUAUGUUUGAACCAUGUCAAUAAAGACAACACUGUAAUGUUCUCCA